GAGGGGGUCUCCUCGUGCCCGCUGCCCUGCAACCCCGUGUCGCUCAAGAAGCCGGCGGACAAGGACACCAGACGCCGCUCCGUCCACCACGACGCCCGCGUCUACCACCACCCCGAAGGGUAAGCAGACGCACUCCUGCCACACGGCCACCAAGGGGAGCAAGUGCUACGACGCUGUCGUGGAGGCGAUGA